GCGUCGGAGCCUCGAACUUCGGGCAGAAAAGUUUGUGAGUGUGUGCGAGUGUGUGGAAGGCGAGCGGCGAGAGGAGGAAGAGGAGGGAGCGUCGUGUUGCUUCCGAGUUUGAUGCGCAUCCAAGCGCUGGAAUUCAGCGGCUCUUCCUCCUUCACGCUUGUUUGUUCACUUUACUCGACACUUCCAUCGACGUGUGUGCGCGUGAGCGGGUGGAGGGGUGGCGGCGGCGGUCGGGCUGUUUGUCCCGCGGGGACUGGGCAGGAGCUGGGGGUCAAAGUCUGCUCCCCGCCGGAGGCGAGCAUCGUAUCUCGGCUGCACUUUGGCCGGAGCCUCGCUGCCAGUGGCCAUGUGUGACGCUACCAGACACCAGCGAGAGGCUGGCGUCAACCAGCUGCGCCGCUUCCGGUGCGGCCCUCCGUAACAAAACCACCUGUUGAGCGAAGCCUCUCGGUUUCGUCGCCUCCGAACUUUGUGACGUCGAACCGGGACUAGCAGAACGCGGGGCCCAGCCUCGGCCCCGCGGGUGUCGCGCUCGGAAGUUAAAAGUCAACAUUAGCGGAGUCGACGAGGCUUUGAGUCGCCCCUGUGCCGGACCUUUGGUCUCGGAGGAGUCUUCCUCAUCGGACGGUGGGAAUGGCCGGCACCUCCGCGCCACGAAACGAGCAAGCCGUUCUGGACCAGAACCGCCGAGCGGGGUGACGGAGAGAUGGCCGUUUUAUUGUGAAGGGCAUGGUGCGGGUUUCCGAUAUGGAGGACAGUACCGUGAGCCCACCAGAGGGAGGCGCCGGCAGCACUGAUUCUACCUCAGAGAAGGAGGCUCUCAGCGGCCUGACAGGAAGUGACGCGGCGCCGGAGGACACGCUACAGAAUGGCGAGCGAGCAGGCGGAGACUUGUCCCCCAUCAACGCCAUGAUGUCAGCGGUGAUGUCGGCAGCAGGGAGCAUCAACGGAGCGGCAGAGGGCUCGGUCCCGCCCUCUGCUGGCGCCUCCCCCAGGCCCUCGCCCUCCAAGACACCCCCAUCACAGCGAGCACCCCCCUCGCGCCACCCCCGCCGCAACCAGGAGGCCAAAGAGGAGGGUUCGGCCCACGUGUGCCCGCUGUGUGACAAGAGCUGCCCAAACCAGCACCAGCUGACCAUGCACAUCCGGCAGCACAACGCCGACACCGGGAACACGGACCACUCCUGCAGCAUCUGCGGCAAGUGCCUGAGCUCAGCGUCUUCGCUGGACCGCCACAUGCUGGUCCACAGUGGAGAGAGGCCGUACAAGUGCAACAUCUGCGGCCAGACCUUCACCACCAACGGCAACAUGCACCGGCACAUGAAGAUCCAUGAGAAGGACCCCGCCAGCGGACUCUUGCCCGUCAGCCCGCCCUCGCCCACCAAGCGCCGGCGCCCGUCAGUCAAGCGCCGCCAAGGCCUGGAAGAGGAGAGCGGGGAGGAGCCUCCGAGCAAGAAGGUGGUGGAGGACUUUGAUGCAGACGAGGUGUCCAGCGUGGUGGAGGUGCGGGGGGGCGAGGAGGAGCUGCUGCAGUGUCCCAUCUGCUUCAAGAACCUCAGCACCCGCCUGGACCUGGACGCUCACAUGGACACGCACCCGGACACGGCGCUGAGGUGCGACCUCUGCUGCCUCUCCUUCCGAACGCACCGCGGCCUGUUGCGUCAUAACGCCGCCGUUCACAAGCUGCUGCCCCAGGACCCCAGCGGACGCCCCUUCAUCCAGAGCAACCCGUCCAUCCCCACCGGCUUCAACGACCUGGCCUUCAUCGACUUCUCCUGCAAGAAGUUCGCUCACAUCGCUCAGGUGUGGUGCGAGACCAACCUCCGACGCUGCAUCAGCAAGUUCCACAGGUUCGUGUGCCACUGCUGCGACAAGGCCUUCCCCCUGCGCUCGGCCCUGGACCUGCACACCAGCGCCAGCCACGGUGAGGACGAGGACGCCGGCGCCCAGAAGGCAGAGGACGAGUCUGAUCAGGAGCAGCUUCUGAAGGCACUGGGGCUGCGGCACGUGUCAAAGGUGGAGUCCGGCCCCACGGACGAGGAGAUCCACCAGGCUCACCUGGACAGCAUCAAGGUGAUCCACGUGGACCCGCCCACCUCCAGUCUCCCCCAGGAGCCCGCGGCCGCCUUUCUCCCCGGGGGGCUGGGGCUGACCCUGGCCACGCUGAGCAUCCCUCUGCUGGAGUCCUCGGGCUCCGCCUCCUCGCUGCAGGGCCUGUCCCAGCGCGAGGCCCUCAGCCUGCUGUCCCUGCAGCCCUUCCAGGCCGGGUUCCUCCUGCAGCAACCUGAUGGGGGCGCCGCCACAGCCGGGUCAGCCUCCUCCGGGGUCAAGCCCGGCGAGGCGGCGCGGGGAGGCCUGAUGGAGCUGGCGGACAUCCAGCAGAUCCUGAAGGUGGCGACGGCGGCGCCCACCCAGAUGGGGCUGACCCUGCCCCCCCUGGCCAGAGCGCCGGGCUUCGCCGGAGGUCAUGGUCUGAGUCAGAAGGUGAUGCCGCCCUUGAAGCCCAAGCCUCCCAGCAGCCCCCGCUCCAGCCUGGCGGCCACCACCCCGCCUCCCCUGCAGAGCUCCCAGCAGGCCUCGCUGGGCUGUAUCAGCCCCAGUCUGCCGCCACCCGCCGUCUUCAAGACCCCGCCCUCGUCCUCGGCCACCCGCCCGCCGGACGCGGACGCCGAUCCCCAGACGCCCGCCUCCCAGUCUCCGCCGGCGGCCACCACGCCUGUGCAGGAGGAGGGCGCCAGGAAGUCCCGCGCCUUGCCCAAGGGCACCUUUCCCUGCCGCUUCUGUGACCAGGUCUUCAACUUCGCCGGCGUGUUGCAGGCGCACAUGCGCUUCCACCUGGGCAUCCUGCCGCACCAGUGCAACAUCUGUGACUACGUGGCCCCGGACAAGGCCACGCUGAUCCGCCACCUGCGCACGCACAGCGGCGAGCGGCCCUACGUCUGCCGCGUCUGCCACUACCCCUUCACCGUCAAGGCCAACUGUGAGCGCCACCUGAGGAAGAAGCACGGCAAGACCUCCAGGAAGGAGAUCGAGAAGAACAUCAAGUGCGUUUUCUCCACGCCCUCCCUUUCCUCGCCGGCACCUGCCGACUCGGAGCCGGCCCCCGCCGACACGGCCUGCCGCUUCUGCGGCGAGGACCUGAAGACGUACCGGGCGCUGCAGAUCCACCUGCGCACGCACAACGGCUGCCAGAGGAAGCCCUUCGAGUGCCGACGCUGCGGCGCCGCCUUCCUGGCCAAGCGCAACUGCAUCCACCACCUGCUGAAGCACCACCCCGAGGUGCAGGAGCGGGAGAUCGAGGAGCACAUCGCCACCCUGCCACCGGCCGCCGCCGCCGCCCCGCUGGUGCCGAAGAACGGCGUGGGCCAGGUGAAGGUGGAGGAGGUCUUUCCCGCCCAACUGGACCAGCCACUGGAUUUCUCGGCCAAGAAGCGCCUCCCCGCCGUCACGCCCGCCUCUCCUGGGGUCAAACUGGAAAGCGAGUCUCCCACCCUGGACCAGCCCAUCGACCUGUCCGUGCCCAGCAAGAGGCAGCGGCGGGAGGCUCCGGAGAUCAAGACGGAGCCGAGCGGGCCCCUAGAGGAGAAGCUGCUGGGAAGUGUGGCGCCGCUGAGCGCGGCGCUGGGCUGCUACCACCUGCCCCCGGCAGCCGCCCUGCCUGCCACUCGCCCGCCACGCAACCUCAAGCCGCUGCUGCCCAAACCCACCAGCGCCUCCUCCCCCUGCACUGCUGCCAAAGAGCUCCCGCCGCUGGCCUCCAUCGCCCAGAUCAUCCACUCGGUGUCGGGGGCCCCGGACCUCCUGAAGCGGGACGUGAGCCCCGCCGAAGGCCCCGGACCCUCUGGGGACCCGGCCGCCCUGAGCGACGACCUGGACGGCGCCUGCAGGAAGCGCGGCCGCAAGAAACCGGUGGGCCUGAAGGAGAAGCCCAGCCACGUGGACCUGGAGUCCAGCGGCGAGUUUGCCAGCGUGGAGAAGAUGCUCGCCACCACCGACGCCAACAAGUUCAGCACCUACCUGCAGACGGGGACGGGCGAGCUGCCGCUGAAGAAAGGUAAGACGGUGCCGACGGCCCCGCACGCGCCAGACACUCAGCCGCUCUCUCACGCAGACGGCGAGGAGAAGCCGCGGGCCGCCAAGGACGAGGCCAAGACGCUGGCGCCGCAGUCCAAGGGGAAGAAGAACGCCUACUCCAACUCUGCCCAGAAGAUGACCUGUCCCUUCUGCCCCCGCGUCUUCCCGUGGGCCAGUUCGCUGCAGCGCCACAUGCUGACACACACAGGCCAGAAGCCCUUCCCCUGCCCCAAGUGCGACGCCUUCUUCUCCACCAAGUCCAACUGUGAGCGCCACCUGCUGAGGAAGCACGGCGUCACCAACAGGACACUGCGGCGGAACGGCGCCCUCGCCAAGAAGGAGGGCGACGAGGCGUCGCCCGAGAGCGCAGAGAGCCAGUCGGAGACGGAGCAGGUGCCGCCAGAGCCGCAGGAGGAGGCCGAGGGCGGAGCUGCGGCCUCGCCGGGCUCCUCCCACGAGUCCGCCUCCAGCCAGUCGGCCGCUUCGGAGGAGAAGGGCAAGCUGGACCAGCAGGCGGCAGCAGAGAGCCAGGAGCAAGACAGCGAGCCCAGCGUCAGCUGUAAGCAGGGGGAGCACACGGACGAUGACGACUGCCACAGCAACAACAGUCUGGAUCUGAACUUUGGGAAAAAGCUCAUCGACUUCAAACUCUCCGCCUCCUCCACCUCCUCCCAGGCGGAGGCUGCGCCCCCCUCGGUCGCCCAGUCGGCGGCGGUCGAGGAGCCGGAGCAGGGCCCGCCUCCCCAGCCCGGCACCGAGUCCAAACACGUGUGUCACGUUUGCAAGAAGAGCUUCCGCUACGCCACCACCCUGGCUCGCCAUGAGAGGGCGCACUUGCCCGAGGAGGCCCCCCGGGGCCCGCGGCUGGAGGAGGAGGAGGAGGCGCCAGAGGAUCCGGAGGAGCCGGAGGCUGAGGAGGAGGAGGAGGAGGAGGAGGAGGAGCAGAAGAUGGAGGCGGAGGAGGACGGCAGCGAGGACGAGAGGGAGGAGAAGGGGGAGGAGCGCAGCGAUGGCGAGGCGUCGGAGCCAAAGUUUGCCGAAGGAGACGCCGCAGGAGGACGAGUGGACAAGAGGAAGAAGAUCUGCCACGUCUGCGAGAAGAGGUUCUGGUCCCUGCAGGACCUGACCCGCCACAUGAGGUCGCACACAGGCGAGCGGCCGUACCAGUGUCAGACCUGCGACCGCACCUUCACCCUCAAGCACAGCCUGGUGCGGCACCAGAGGAUCCACCUGAAGCCGCGGGGAGACGACGGCAGCGAGGACGGCGACUCCUGCGUGGCCACACCCACCUCCACCUGCCCGCCCUCCGAGAACGAGAGCGAAGGCGGCGCCGCCAAGGACCUGGAGGACGACCAGGAGCUGGAGGGGCGGAGCCUGUGCCGAGAGGAGGCGGAGCCCGACGUUCCCAAAGACCCCGCCGCGCCCGCGGGCGACCACUGACGUGCCAUGACCUGACGCCGUCUUGAAGUGCCUUACUACUACGAGUCCCAACUUCGGACCAGAAGCUUUUUACUCCCGUGACUUCAGCAAUAAAGUGACAAAGAUGAUGCCUCCGCUCAUGGUGGAAGUGAAGUGGGCGGAGCCUCCGCGCCUCUGUGGACUGCACUGUCAGCGAGUUGUUUUUCUAACUGGAACGGGUCGGUGGGUCGGAGCCAGCACUGCCGUCCUGUCGCUCGGUGUCGGGAAGCUUUUUGCUUUUUUUUUUACAAGAGAACAAAUCCAAUGUUUCUGUGUGCGUUUGCCGUUGGCGCUGUGCCACCGCCGCGCUGACCUGACCGGCGUCGGGGCACCUCACGUCGGGUCAAAUCCUACGUCUUCCCACACGAGGCUGGCUGAAGCGGCGGCGCUAGCCUAGCGUGACGCUAAGUUGGCGCCCGCGGCGGAGCGCAACCAUUGCAGACAAUCAGCGGCUGUUUUCACCAGCGAAAGGGCGAAUCCGUUUCUGUGAAAACGUUAGUGUAGGCGGCGCCACGUCACUCAGCGGCGGGCGCCCUCAUCAGGAAAACGCAUCAACCUCACUCAUGGAACUGAAGCGUAGCCACACUUGGCCGAGCUGAUGCCAGCUGCGCCGCCGUGCACAGCGGCUCUGGGCCUGCGAGCCAACAGCCUCCUCUCCGUCUCUCACGUGCAUUUGUCUGCAGGGGGCGACGUGCGCUGGCCGUGGAUGUUUUUAACAUAUUUAUUUGCAGCCGUGGUGUGUGUGUUUGUGUGUUUGUUUUGGACUCGAGCAGAAGCCAUGUGUGAGCGCGAGCAGUGCUGGCAGUCGGCCAUAAGAACCUGAAAGCUUUACGUAGCCUUUAGCUUCCAACGCUUGUGGUGUUUUGCUUUUUCUUUUUCCCCCCUUGUUUGGCGACGUUUGAAUCGAGACUGUGAACGUUUUUGUUGAGUUGGCGACCUGCUCUCCGGUCGACCACGUCACUCCUUUCCUUUUCAUUUGAUGGAGUCCCAACCUUGGUCACUAGGGGGCGCUACGGGCUCGGCUGCUGCCCGGGCGUCGGAGCACGAGACGCAAUAAAAGUGUCUGGAAAACGCAGUCGGUCCCCGGUGUGUCCGCCUCUCUUUGGCUGCAGGACGCGGCUCAAGCUCGAGCGUUGUUUUAUUGAAGUUGCAUGACGUGUUCUCAUCACUGGCGUUAGCAUGUUAGCAUGUGGCGCUGGUCACAUGACUCCAGGUGGCUCUGGCUGAAGCUCCGCCUCCCCGUGACGUCACACGUCGCUCUCGGAGGUGUAGAUGUGGUACAUGGCCGUGACGAUGGCGGCGGCCAGCGCCGGGACGACCCAGUUGGACCACCAGCUGAGGGCGACAGAGAGAGCGGGUCAGGCCCGGCCAGUGUGCGCGCGUGCGUGCGUGCGUGCGCACCUCGGCUCCUCCUUCAGCGUGGUCACGUAACUCUCCUGUACGACGAGAUGGGAUGGUCAGGGUCAAAGGUCAGAGUGCAAAUGUACCGUGUGCAACUCACGUCCGGCUUCUUCAUCUUGUCCCGGUCGUCCUGCAAACACACGCACACGCAUGAGUGUGGCCGUCCGGCGAUCACGUGACCAGUGCCUCACCGGGUGCAGCUCGCCGACCACCA